CUGGUCCACUCCCUAGUCGUUCCAUUCCCGUUGCUAAAGUUAAUUCGCAGACAAAAACAUUACAAAAUUUAACUUAAUUAACAAAAAGGGCUUUGUUUUGGUCAAAAUGUGCAGUUAUGUCUGCUUAUGACCAAUAACCUGAUAUUAAAGCCUGACUAAGAUAUCACUGCCGCAAGCAAAAGGCUAAUAUUGUGCCGUGACGAAGUCCAAUCGAUUGUUGCCCGAAUUAAAAAUACGCCAAACAAUUGUUAAAAUACAACAUAAAUCGAAAGUUUGAACAAUGUUAUACAUAUAGGAUUAAGCUCCUAAUUACUAGAUCUCAAUAUCGGCUGUAAAAUACAAUCAAUGUGGGUGUGGUCUAUAGCAUACACGUGUGGGCAUCCAUGAAAAACGGGUGAUACAUGCUAUAAGGAAGCUAUCUCCCCCAGACAUGCUGCUGGACACUCAACUGACCAACUCUGAGCAACGGAAAAGCAAUAACUAGUAAUAAACAUAGGCCAUCUUCCAUAGAGACAAAGUCAGCCAUGUUUUCCGAGGGCUACACCGAUGACACCGAUGAACUGGACACCAUCGCUGAUGUGAUGGGACUCCGAUCCCAGGCUCGACUCAAUACCUUUCGCGAAAUGUGGUACCAUGUCUUUCUGUGGGCCCUGUUUUCGUCCAUUUUCAUUCACACCUGUGCUGCCGUGGUGGCCUUUGUGACGCUCCGAAAGCACAAGUUCGGGCGAUUCUUCUCGAUCCUGAUCCUGGUUAUGGGCUUCCUGUCACCUGCCUCGAGUGGAAUCAUCAGCAGUGCGGUCAUCGCCUUCGUGCAUCGAGCCUCCAGCCUACCCAUGUCGCCCAUAUACGCCAUGAUCUGGGGCCUCGGUCAGACCAUAGUGUCCGCCUGCCUGGGAUUCACCCGGAUUUUGGCCACGCUAUAGAGUUCAGACUAAAGUUUUUCAUAGGCCAAGGCUCUCUCAUCUCUCGCCCAAUCCAAUGUUCACAAAGCUCUGAUUCUCGACCAGACAUAUUAUCAAUUUUUCAGGUGUGCAAACAACAAUUAAUUGAAUUCAUAGUUAUGUGUAUAGGAACAUUGUGAUUUUAAAAUUAUACCUUCAACGAUGAGAAGAAUAAUGUAAAAUAUUUAGAUCUUACUUAAACAUUUAAUUCUAAUUGUACAUACUUUAGGAAGCUAAUAUAUGAGCAGAUUCUAAAGCCUA